CUAGAUUGUGGUUGUCGUUUCUUCUCUUUGUCUUCCCGUUCCGUCUUAAUUAUCGUUACAGCAGCGCUUACUCUUGCUUUUUCGUCAUCCAUCCAAUCAUUUCAGGCUCGUUCCUCCAUCGGCAGCUGUGACAACGCCGUGCAGUUCGUCACGAUGUCAGGUCAGGUCAGGUCGGCUUCCAAAGACCAUACAGGCUUCCGCCUAACGAGCGUCCUGUUUUUUGCACCGCUCCCUCUGUUUAUUACGGUCCACAUACGCCCCGGAAACAAGCCCUCGGAACCCUCGACCGGACGCAUACUACGAUUAUGUUGAUAUUUGUUGGUGCUGGUCUUUCCUCAGUGGAUGAUUUGACGAUCAGCGGUCUAAAAGCGCUUCGAAGUUCUGAGCACGUUUACCUGGACAUGUACACUUCCAUCAUUCCUGGGUUCGCCAAGGAGUUAGAGCAACUCAUAGCUACUGACGUGCAGUUGGCUGAUCGUGAAUUAAUUGAGGAGGGACAUGAACUUCUUGAACUUGCCCGCGACCAUACAGUAUCUUUUGUUGUAAUUGGAGACCCCCUGAGUGCGACAACUCAUGCAGGUCAGCCGAAAUACAGAAAUCUUGAUGGUUCGCAGACUUGAUUUUACGGGCCGUGAAGUUAAAUAUUCCGUUUCGGAUCAUUCACAACACUUCAAUUAUGACCGCAGUUGGUUGCUGCGGCCUACAGCUCUAUAAUUUUGGUGCUACAAUUUCGAUUCCAUUUUGGGACGAAUCUGGAGCCCCGGAUAGUUUUUACGAUAAGUUGUUGGGAAAUUUUGCAUCUGGUCUGCAUACAUUGUGCCUCCUUGAUAUACGGGUCAAAGAAAAGUCACUGGAGAAUAUCCUUCGGCAGCGAAAUGUGUACGAACCCUCAAGGUUCAUGUCCUGUGAAAUUGCUGCUCAACAACUGCUGGAGAUAGCUGACAAACGACAAGCUUCUUCCGGUGAUAUCUGUCCCGCCUUGGCCCCCGAUUGCCUUGCUGUCGGACUGGCCCGUGUGGGGUCGGCUACUCAGAUGAUCGUCGUGACAUCUUUAAAAGAAAUGAGUCGCACUUGUGAUGACGAACGGAAAACUUGUGACAGCGCUUCUGUCGCUAUGACGCUCGGUGGUCCGUUGCAUAGCAUGAUCAUUCCUGGUUUCAUACAACCGAUUGAAGAGGAAUUUUUGCUCUCCCGUUACCUUCACCCCGAAUCAUCAAGUCAAAAUCUACCGAUUGUAGCCAUACCUUCCCAUUCAAAUUUGUCCAACCAGUUGACAGAUUUGCGCCAGUUAUUUGCUGUUCACAAUCGACUUGUAUUGGGAGCCAAAAACGGAAUAAAACAUUCCACGAAAUCUUACAUGCAUACCUUACGCUCCUUCUUUAUUGCAUACCUGCAUGAAUUGCGUCCUUCUCUUUUCUUCCAGGCACUAUAUGUGCCUGCAAUCGUAGUUGUUCACUUAUGUUUUUAUGUCUGCCCGCUACUACGACUAGAAACAAGCGGAGAUCGUCCUCGUCUUCGGAUGAACUAUGGUAGUCUUUCACCACUCAUGCUCUCCAUUGUGGGGCCAGAAGUAUAA